GCUUAAUUGUUGCUGAACGCACACUAAAGUCACCGCGUUGGAAGGAAAUGUAAUAAUAAUAAUAAUAAUAAAGAGACCGUGAAAUGAAUAUGUCUGCCACUGGUACCGUUCAAAAGAAAAAAAAUGUCACUAAAAAAGGCUUUAGGCGGGAACGGCUUUAUGACUAUUUGUAUGAUCCACUUUAUACCGUGUCGUCUGAAGUGGACCAUUUCAAGUCCAGCUUUAAGGCUUGUACGUCUACACGACUGAGGAAAGUUCCUGAGUUUGAGUCUAUGUUCAGCAGCCUGCCCUCCCACCGCUUGUAUACAGUUCAUAUGGACCCCACAGACCCAGUACCUCCCUUUAUUGAUCGGCGCUGGCGAGGCCACGAGGAGCGGCGUCAACAGGCACUGCAGCAGCUCACUGGUUCUGGGUAACAAACUCAAACCUCUCUUCUCAACUGCAAAUCAAGGCUGAGAAACAAGGAGUCACACAUGACUGGGAGUGAUCGCUACAAAUACUUUCAAUGCCCCCUCAGACCCCACACACAGCGAAUCCCGUACGACCAGAUUUUUGCUUUGCCAAAAGGAGACCUUAGACACGCUGACAGAAAGAAUGUUGAGAAACAGCCCACCUACAUCACUGCUGGGGUCCAGACAGUCUACAGAGAGAGUGAAACACAAACGGACCCGUACAGCCCAGAAUAUCUGCUAAAAUAUGGGGAGACAAAAUCAGAGCUUCUAUCACUGGCGACUUUGACUUGGGGGUUUGGUCUACCUGCAGGCCAGGCAGAGAUAGAAAUGAUAGAGCGAGUACGUGCCAAGCAGGCAUGGGAGGCCACGCUACCUCCAUUGAGUGACUUGAGCCAGUUGGACAAGAGGAGAUGUUUGAUGGAGGAGAUGGAGCGAAAGGAGUUUGCUUUCAGAGAGGAAGAAAUCCAGAGGGUGCAGGAUUCCCGUCUAGCUGUGCUGAAGGACCUGAUGAGACAGAGAGAAGAAGCUCAGCAGAAGGCCACAAAUGAGAGGCUGCACCAGUUCUAUUUAAAGCUCAUGAAAGAAAAGGAGACCAAGCAGAAGAAAAUCCAACACGACUACGAAAGGGCCCUAAGAAAACUGCAAGCUAAGAGGAUGAAUGUGGAGGGGAAGCUGGUGCAGCGAGACAUUGUAAAAGACUAUGCAAAGUGCUCUUCUCUGACUCACGGUCCUCUGAGCUCCCAAAGGGACGUCCACAAAGGGUUCACAAGCCCUCACUUUGACAAAAGCCAAGGUUUUAAAAAACUGGACCCAGAACUCCUUAAGCCGUAUGUGAAAACCCACAAAGGGAGGAAGGAUGUGAUUGAGCCAGCUGAGUACAAAGAGAUAAAACUGAUAAAGGAAUACCAGGCAGUAACGGAGGAGCUAAAGGAAGAGACGGCAAAGAAGCCUUUGCGUUUUCUUGUCAAAAAGGAAAAGCCUGUUCCUCGUCCUGCUACACCCACUGUGAAAGAGCCCUCAGAGGACGAUGAGGACAAAAAACUUGCAACCAUCACUUUACAGAAGCUGUUGAGAGGAAGAAGUGUUCAGUAUAAGAUGUAUAAGGGGAAGGAGAAACAUAUGGACCUCAUCCAGGAGCUGAGGAUUGGCCACACCCUGCAGAGAGAGGAGCAGGAGCUACAAAGAGCUGAUAUGGAACUCCAGAUGACUCUGAAGACAGAGAGCCUUCAGCUCAGAGAUGCUAGGGAGGAGGCGCACACAGCCGGAGUGGUGGGUGCAGAGCUUCACCACCUGUUUGACACCUUGUCCAAAGAGUUGAUUCAUCUCCAGGAGGAGCGUAGGAUUCAUGCUUUCAUGUUACUGGCUGAGAGAGCCCGGUGCCGGCGAGAGGCUGAGGAGAGUGGCAGGAGACAAGCAGAGGAGCGCAGACGUAUCGAAGAAGACGAGAUCUUCAGACAAGUGGUGCAGGUGCACCAGGAGACUGUGGAUUUCUAUUUGGAGGAUGUCAUCCUAGGAACAACUGACCACACUGCAGACCAGCAGGCCAGAGAGGAGAUCCGCAGAAUGGCAAGAGAGGUCAACAACAUUGCUUACGCCAUGGAGCAAAGACGCAACAGUCUUCAGUCAGAGGAGAUUGUGUCGGAAUUGGUCAACAGUUUCCUUAUUCCAGAGGUCCAGAAGACUCUCGUCAGGCAACGAGUGUGCCAGAGGCAACGUCGGCACCUACAGGCAGCUCGUGACAUCAUUCACGGUGCAGCAGAGUAUUCUGGGCUCCAUCCCGGCCCUCGUAGAACCUCAGCUCCAGCCCCGCCCUCUGAAAAAGACUCCAGCCAUGUCAGUGAAGAACAAAUGUCCCAAACUGAGCAGGAGGAGGAGACGCCCAGCGCCAAAGACCAAGAGUCAGAGGGAUGCGACUGAAGAAAGCGUUCCUGA